AAUCAACAUAUCGGCAUCAAGCAACCAUAGACGAUGAGGUUGUGACCAUGGAGAUCCUUGACACAGCCGGACAGGUAGGAGCUUCAGCAACUUUGCACAGAAAACAUAGACGUUUGUGUAGAGAAAUAUUUAUACCGUGUCUGGCAAUAGAAUAAGAAUACUUCAUAGUCAAUUGAAAAUCCCAAUUCAACCCUACUGUAUAAUGACGACUUCUCAGGGCAUAUUCGCAGUAGCAGUCCUCGCUAGACCAAAUCCUCGCUAGCGUUGCUCUGUGCUGUUCUAAUCAGUCGUUGGCUAAACAUAUUAUACUAGCCAUCUGGGAGAGAACCCAGCAGCAUAGGUCUUCCAUCCCAAGAUAAAUGUGCUGCUGCUAGUACGUAGGUGUUCUGCCUGCUGCUAAUUUCCCCUGUGACACGUCCAGCCAAGUCAUCCUUCUCUCAUUACAUGAUAUUCUAUUUUGAGAGUGCAGGGAGUGAGAGUUUAGGUGAAGGCCUAACCGAGCGUUGCUAGACCUGUCUUUCUCUGUCAGAGAGCCAGUGUAGAGUUGAGGUUUCUUCGUGCUCUUGAGCUCUUCAAAGCCGUUAAAAGUGGUGAGAGUACAUAUCAAGCCUUUGAUUCUUGAUUCUUCUUGGACCCCGAAGGCAUCUUUAUACCUCAUAAAUCAGAUAAGUUCAAAAGUCGGUCAGUUAUAGAUGUCAAGUAUCACUGUGUUCAAUGUGAGUUAUGCAACAGUUAUUGUAACAGUGUUGUUAUUGCCAAUAGCAGUUGAGGUCAAGAAUAUCUCUGGCUCCUGCUUGCGCAAGUUUAAGACUUAAUUUUUUUCAUCACACGACCAGUAUGUUUUGUUACAACAGGACUGGUUGUUCCGACUUGAUGAAAUCAGGAGCAGCUGCUGAAAUUUGCACAUAGUUCAGAAGGGUAGCCGACUGUUCAAAUCUGGGGGAUUUAACAAGUGUUAUGUUGAGAAAGGAGAAAUAAAGCAUUUGAAUCCAAUACAAACAUGUGCAGUCAAUAAUUUGCAGCUGAAAACUUGUUCACUUGUUCAAUGAAGGCCAGCAGAGAACUAUUGUUUCUUUGCCUUGUGGCCUAUUGGUCAACAUCAAAGGUCAACAGUAUUCUAAUUAGCUAGCUAGUUGCCAACAGAUUGUCGCUAACAACAUCCUUCCCUCCUGUAUCUUUACAUCAGGAGGACACGCAGCAGAAGGAGAGCCACAUGCGCUGGGGCGACGGCUUUGUCAUCGUCUAUGACAUCACUGACCGGGGCAGCUUCGACGAAGUGGCUCCUUUACGGGGCCUCCUAGAGGAAGUUAAGAAACCCAAGAAUGUCCCGUUGGUUCUGGUGGGCAACAAGGCCGACCUGGACCAUGCCCGACAGGUGGGCACGGAGGAGGGUGAGCGGCUGGCCGCCGAGAUGGCGUGCGCCUUCUACGAGUGCUCGGCGUGCGCCGACGAGGGUGGCAUGGUGGUGGAAGCAUUCCAUGAGCUGUGUCGCGAGUUGAGGCGCCGCAAGGCGGUCCAGGGCAAGGCCAGGCGCCGUAGCUCCACCACCCACGUCAAGCAGGCCAUCAACAAGAUGCUGACCAAGAUCAGCAGC